GCGCCGCUCCGGCUACGGAGAUUUCAGCGUGUCACCCCGUAUAAAACCGUGACCGGGGUCACGGCGCGAUACCAACAGGUGAUGCCGAGGAAGGAGGAGGACACUCCCUCGAGCAGCAUCUCGUCGAGCGUCUCUCCCUCGGGUACCACCGACCGCGACGAUGGUGAUUUAGUAUCAUUCUCUCGAGCCUAUCGUUUAUCCUGUACCCCACAGAUUUUGCUGACUACCACCAGGAUCCGUCUACAAGGGCUGCGAGGAUAAACGCGCAAGGAUCGACAGUCCUCUCUGACGCGCACCAAUGAAAUACAGGAGGGAAAUCGAGUGAAAAACAGUGUCGGUGAGAGACAAAAAAGUUUCGAUCGGUCGAUGAUUUAGUGGAUAGACUGUUUAAUAGUGUUCCUCGGGAUUCUUCCCGCGCGUUCAUUCUACUCACAAGAGCAUCGGAAUCGGGAUGUAGAGUUAAGCAGUUGACACGAGCGCGGGAUCGACUCGCGACGUACGAUGAUCGAGUGUUCUCUUCAAUGCGCUGGAUUUUGACAAGAAUUUGGGAUCGUAUGUUUCUCAGGCAUAAGAAUCUGGAAAACGUGAGGGAUGCCACAAGGAAGCAUUCAAUGGCAGGGGACGCAGAGAAGAGCCUGCGGGCCUGGGGCUAAUUGGAACGUACAGGCUUCAUUGUAGUAGCUGCCUGUGUGAUGACUUUCGAAGCACGUGACAGUGCGGCUAAGGUGGUACCAGCUCGCUAUCGCUUCAAUCAAGCAUCAACGUUAAAAGGCUCAAAAAGCCAGCGUAAUAGAAGAUCGACAUCGAGCCAGACAACAAGAUGGGACCAUCAGUUGGGCCUGUUUAAAGUAAAUCGUAGCCCGAGUCCCAGCACGCAUGAAGUCUCCAGGAAACAAUUAACGGCGGAAUUCAUGCAAUUUUCGAAAGAUUUACAAGAGAAAGGCGUAGCGCAUUCCAUAAAGAAGAGCCCGAGUGCGCCUACAUUAAUCGACAAAAAGUCACCACGCCGAAGAUCACCUAAAUACACAGGUUGCUCGCUAUUAAAUCCAGAAUUGCUGCAGAGACACGCUCUUUCAGUCGAUAAUCCGAGCUACAGCCCGCAUCAGAUUAGCAGAGAGAGUCUGGAACAUCAAAAGAUGAAUGGUAGUCAAGUCUCAAUGGCGAUGGAUCUGCACAUUCCAAAUAAAGGUCCUGUUACGCUCAAAGUGAAGGAUCGAUCCGAUACAGCAAGACGACAUCAGCUACUUCGUCAGACAAAAGUAGAAGAUGUCGAAGAAGUGGACGAAGCUGCACGACCACCACCGACCUUGGUGCAUUCGCCUAAAUUGCCAGGUGCCUAUAGAUACCCAGAUGAUUUCGUGCCAAGAAAAAGAAAUUCGAUAGAUUUGAGAUUGUUGGAAGAAUUAACGGCAGUAUCAAAAGAAUUUAGUAAGGCCUCGCCGCGAGACUUCCGAAAAAUCUCGUCGCCGAACUUUCGUAAAAUGUCCUUCGAUAGAAUCGGCGGUGAUCGUCGCCUCGAUCGAGCUUCGUUAGGAUAUCGUAAAGCUAGUCUCGACUUUAGAAAAAGUCCUGAUUUUCGCAGAGGAGAUUACAGGAAACUCUCAAUAGAAAGAUUCAGCGUCGAUUGUACCCGCUAUAUGCUCGACGAGACGGAAAUAAAAUCACGAACGAGCAGUGGAGAGAACUUACGAAGACAAGCGCGUCAGGCUAAGUUGUAUCAUUCCAAAUCGGAUGACAAUAGAAGGCGAUCCUUCGAUAAGCAUUCGAAGGAUUCUCAAUCGAGUCGACAUUCAUUAAACACUCAAGCUGUUGUGGAAGGUUCCGAUUGCGAGCCAAAGUACUUUACGACAGUGUCCCUCGAUACUGAAGAAAGCCGUGCCGACAAUUCCGACGAGAGUCACGUAGUAGACAUCGAGGAAGCGAAUGCAGGCGUUUUAUCGUGCGACAUGCCUACGGAAGCUGACAUGCUGCUCGAAGAACCGGAAUUGGAAAAUGUCACGGAGAUCGACAUGGAAAGUUCAGUAAUUGAUGACGAAAAAUCUCGCGGAUCUCAUAGAUUGACAAAUAAGAGGACAGAUACAAUGCUACGAGGACAAAAUCCCAUAAUUAUUACCGAGGACAUAGACUCGCAAAUGAUAGUUGACGAGAAAACGGUGCAGAUGGAUAAUGAAAAAUAUGAAACGACUUUGUACAUAGAAGACGAUGAAGUGUGAAGAAUAGAAAAGAUUCUUGAGAAUUAACAGCGGAUUCAGAUCAUUGUGGGAAAAUAAUGAUGACAUUUGCGAAGCAAAAAUAUUGAUAUUGUGUGCAACAUUGCUGACAAUGUUUCUUCGCAAAUUGGAAAGGAUUAUACAAGGAUUUAGCGAUGGACCGUCGAUCGAUUGUCUUUGAAUGCAAUUAUGCUCAACAACUUAAGAUUUAAACACGGCAUAAAUAAUAACGAGAUCACGUACGAAUUGCGUUUUGUAACGAGACAAUCAUUUUUUAUCGGCAUCUCGCGUUGCCUUUCGCACGAAGGUAACAAGCGUGUAAUAUUGAUGACAAAUAAUUGUUACCAACAAAUUUUGACGUAGAUGAUAAUAGACCUAACAUGCGUAUAUAUAUAUAUAUAUAAAGUAAGAUUUGUUAAAAUAUAAACGCGUGAUUAAUCAUACAGAAGAGAUUUUUGUACUUAUAACGGGAAAAAUGCAACUUUUACUUGUAAAUAUUUCAAGUUAACUUGUUCGAACGAUCAUUAAUGUGUCAAAUCUAAUCAGAAAAUAUCAAAGAAAUAUAUAGCAUGAUUCAAAGUGAAUCUUGAACAAUGGGAAAUAAACUUAAAAUGCAGAUUAUCCCAGAUGCGAUGCACUUGUUCUCAGCUCUAAAUAUUGCAAUAAAGAGAAAAAAAUGCCUUGUUUUAACGUGACAAGAAAAUGUUACAAUAAUAAUUUAAUUUUGUAAAAAAAAGCACAAGUAAAUAAGGAAAUGUUAUUUAUUGUAGAAUUUUAAGUGUAUUUUAUUUUUUAAUCGAAUUUUAAUUUAUUAUAAAUCUACCAAGGCAUUUAUGUAGAAUAGUAUAAAGUAUAUUGGAAACCCUGUAUAUGUGCAUAAUAUACACAAUUAAUAUUUGCAAAGAGUGGUUUUAAAAAAUUCUUGUGAAGAAUAUAUAUUAAUCAUUUCUACGUGCGUUAUUUUACGUAAGAUAUAAGAAGAUUGUAUACAUUUACUUUUAUAUGCGCGCGCAAUACAAAGCAUAAUUUUUUUAUACAAAAGAAUUACUAUGAUUUGUUCGACGUGAAAAUAUAUUUAAGUUAAAAAAUAUUUUAAAAAGGUUAUGAAUCAGUAAAAUAUAUGUUAAGUAACAGAAAGAUAAAUUAAAGAUAUUUUUGAUGUUAAUAUUAUACAUUAUCUUUUUCUGUAUACAUUUGUAACUCCGUACAUGCAUAUAGAUAUUAUAUAUAUUUCAUUAUAUCUGAAUUAUUUCAUUAUUUCAUUAAUUCAUUCAUGUGUUUAAUAAACAUCAUUUUUUUGAAAAAA